UGUCAAAAUGUUUUUUUCUACUUUGUAACCUUGCUCUGAUUUGUGUUCAACAGGCUUACGCUAAAAAUGGUCCGCUACUCGUUGGAUCCCGAGAACCCCACAAAAUCAUGCAAGGCCAGAGGAUCAAAUCUUCGGGUUCACUUUAAGAAUACUCGUGAGACUGCGCAAGCCAUCAAGGGUAUGCACAUUCGGAAGGCUACCAAGUACUUAAAGGAUGUAGUCAUUAAGAGACAGUGUGUACCCUUCCGUCGUUACAAUGGUGGUGUUGGAAGAUGUGCCCAGGCCAAGCAGUGGGACUGGACACAGGGUCGCUGGCCAAAAAAGAGCGCAGAAUUCCUUCUGCACAUGCUGAAGAAUGCAGAGAGCAAUGCUGAGCUUAAGGGUCUUGAUGUGGAUUCUCUAGUUAUCGAGCACAUCCAGGUCAAUAAAGCCCCAAAGAUGCGCAGACGCACUUACCGUGCUCAUGGUCGCAUUAACCCUUACAUGAGCUCUCCCUGCCAUAUUGAGAUGAUUCUUACUGAAAAAGAACAGAUUGUUCCCAAACCUGAAGAGGAAGUUGCCCAGAAGAAAAAGGUUUCCCAGAAGAAGCUCAAGAAGCAGAAGCUAAUGGCUCGGGAUUAAAAUGUAUAUAAAAUAAAGAAUUCGGUUCAAAUCUUUUGUGUUCAUGAUGUGUGUGUUGUCUGGAUGAACAUAAGCCAAACUGGUCUUCUCAUGCAACGUUUAACAAGUUAAAACAAGUUUCUAUUUGAUCGUUCAUGAAACCCCAUAUAGGUGAACAAAUAUGAAGUGGCCAUUGUUUUAGUUUCAACGUAACUUUUGAUUAAAGAAGAUUUUGACCAGCUUUUGCAGUUAUGGGGUUAUUGUCCACUUGUCGCUUUUUUUACAAAAAUGCAUUAAAGCAGAUGGCACUGA